AUGCCACCACCACUUUCGGCAGACAAGGCGCUCGCGGCCAUCCUUCCACAAAUCAGCGCUGGGCAAGCAUACGAGGCGCACCAGAAAGCCCGCACGUUUGCGUCUCGGUAUUCCAAGGCGGGGGCGCACGACGUGGCGAUCAGUGUCUUGUAUGAGAGCGCGACGGCGCUAUUUAAAGCUGGACAGCUUGGGAGCGGAACGGAUCUGAGUGUACUCAUGCUGGAGAUGUAUGAGAACAAGGAGCAAGAGGUGGACGAGGCGUCGCGAGCAAGGUUGACGCAGUUGAUCUCGCUCGUCGGUGGCGAAGGUCAAUGGAGAAAGAUGAUUGUCGAUCGUGCGGUUGCAUGGUCAGCUCGACACGGAUCAUAUCCAUCUGGUGAUCCAUCACUCCAUGGCUUUAUUGGUGCACUACUUGCAAAGGAACACGAUUUCGUAGCCGCCGAACCUCACCUCCUUGCGUCUGGGACCCGUGAAAGCGCAAAGACCUUGGCGCAGAUGCUUUUUGCCUGGUCACGCGAUGGCGCAGAGCCCGGGACAUAUGCGUCAAAGGGUGUCAUUCCGUUUCUCCUCACAGGCAACGUUCUCGCGGCGCGAACCUUUAUGUCCACCUUCCUCUCUCUGCUAAUCACGGCCCGGCCCAAUAUUCUUGCCACUCCCUCGAACGCUAUCGCAGGCAGCACAGCAAAUCCGAUACGGUUCGACGUCAAGGGACAGAGUGAAAGAGACGAAGUGUAUUUAACGACGGAACCGACGUUGAAUUUCUUACAGCUGGCUAUCCGAACGUGUCAGCGCGCCAAGAGCUCGUCCAACCUACAACAGGCAAAGCAGGCGCAAGAGAUGUGGGUGAGGUUGUGUGGGAGCUACCAGAGUAGACGUGGUUUGGUUGCUCAGCCAGUCUACAGAGAGGCACUUGGAGAGAUUGGGACACUCUUCUUUGAUCUCCCCCCACCGAGAAUGGCUGGAGGUGGUAAUCCUCUGCAGGAUAUGAUGGCAUCCUUUUUGGGAGGGAGCUCAGGUGGAGGACCAGGCGCAAAGGCGAAGCGAACAUUACCUGCACCUGCAGAGGCCAUUGCACUUGACUAG